GGUGUAUGCUACAUAUAUCACUAAGUAUGGUAGUUCUUAGUACAUAUAUAGGGAUGACACUGGUGUAUUCCUAGUGGACGUGUGUGUGUGGCACAAUUGCUCCUGGAUGUGUGUGCGAAGUAGAUGUAUUGCUAGUAUAUAGAUGAAUGUAGGGUGUUACUAGUAGCUGAAUGUGUGCGGUGUGUGCGAUGCUGUAGGACGAUGAUCUGAUUGGCAGUAUUCCUCUGGGAGAUGAUGACCUGCGGAUCAGAGCAGUCAUUGAUCCCAAGGCCCCACCUAACUGUUUCGAGAUAUUCAAGAUCGACGGAGUGAUCAAGGCCUGGAAGAAGGAUUCUGAUGGGAAACCAGUUCCAGGUAACCACGACGUGUACAGACUGCAGGCAGGUUCAGAGGAAGAGCGAGACCAGUGGAUCCAGUCCAUCAGUGCCACCAUCUCCCAGGGAACUGUCUACGAUGCAUUCCAGCAGAGAAAGAGGAGAAUCACCAGCGUACAGGGUCUGGACCUUCCUGGUUUCGAGUGACUCUUUCUUUCUCUCUUUCUCCACUGGUAGUGUCGUUAUAAUAGGGAGGAGACUGAGUCUUUGUACAUUAUUAUGUGUGUGUGUCUUCACUUUUCUCUUUGUGUGGACUUUGUAACUUUAUCCUACAUAUUUAUGGUGUCUGUGUGUGUGUGUGUGUGUGAAAUUUUAUGCACUGGAUGUUUCAUCAACUUGCUGCACA